UUCCCUAUGAAUGUACGCCGCGUUUAGCAAGCAUUAAUCCUUUGCCAGGUACAAAAAUGGCGGCGACGCGAGUGUUCCUCCCGGAAGUGUCUCCUCCCCACCUCAGUGCUCCUGCUGGUUGUCAUGGCACCAGACGCCGAUAGUACUGGGAGGAUGGUGGGUGAUAGCGUGGAGGGCUCGGAGAUGGAGGAUACCCGGGAUGCGGAGCUGGCUGUGCAGGCCUAUGUCCGGGAGAUCCAGCAGAGUCGUUCAAUCUCCAAUCAACUCAGAAUUGGUCUCUUGGAAUCAGAUAACGCUACACAGACUGACGUGAGCGAAGUGCUGGAGAUUAAGGAAUUGACCAGCGUGAUGCAAACUGCAACACAGUCUCUUGAUAUCUUGAAGAAAGAUGUUGUUUUCCAAAAAAAUAUGCUGCAAGUGGAUUAUGAGCAGAGAAUUGAAGCUCGUGCUCUGGAACUUUACAGUCGUAUGAAUGACACUAUACGAGAUCUUGAAGAGGUUCACAAAAAGAAAAUAUCCACGCUUAGGAAAAGCUUUCAGAAGCAGCUGAUUGAUGCUCUCGCUGUAAUUAGGUCAAAGUAUGAGAAUCAUUACAAUCAGAGCUCUGGGAUUCUGAACAGCCAUGAGACCCACACAGCAGAUUCUGCGAGAAUCCAAGCACUACAAAGAAAGAUUGAUGAGAAGGACAACUUAAUUCAGUCAUUGGAAGCACAAUUAGCAGAACUAGAAGAAAAUGAGCAACCUAAACAGAUCGUUUUCCAGCCGGAAGAUGACCUAGAGAAGGGGAAGCUGCUGGUGGAAAACCAGGAGCUGCGGGAAGAGGCGGCAGUGAUGCAGGACAGAGUUCUCCAGCUGGAAACAGCUCUAAAGGAGAAAAUACAACAUAUCCACUCAUUAGAUCUGGAUGUGGGCUCCAUGAAAACCAGAAUAGAAGAGGACCAAAGGACCAUUGAGAAGUUGUCUUUGGCUCAAGAACAAUUGAAAAUUGAACUUGCUAAUGAAAAAUCUUCUGCAACUACAUUGCUACAGCAGCAAAAACAAGAUAUGGAAAAUGUUCUGAGAUCAAAGCUGGAGGAAACAGAGAAAAAGCAAUCACAAGUCCAACGAGAACAUGAACAAAAUCUCAUGGGAGAGAUUGAGAAACAAAAACAACAAUUGACCCUUCAAGCAGAACAGCUGAAGGAAAUGAAAGAAAAAUCCAAGUCACCUAAACUUGAAGUAGAUAAUAUACAUGCAGACAAGGAAAAGCUGCUCACACAGAUUAAGAACCUCCUAAGUGUGAAAGAAGAGGAUGCAAAGACCAUAGAGAGGUUACAGAGGGAGCUUGAAAGGAUUAAUAAAACCUGGGAAAAGAAGUUUGACAUUCUAAAGCAAAGCUUUCAUGCCAUGAAAGACGAGAUGUUCCUAAGGCAGUCUCUCCAUCGCCAGGCCGUGAACCUACACAGAGUAUCAGUCAGCUACAUGACAGAUGGUGCCGUCUGCACAGAUCUACCUGUGCGGAGUAAUUCCUACUUGCCAAGCUUACCUUUGCCCCAAAUAGGAGUCAAGCCAUCUGCCUCUAUGCAACUGUCCGAACUUCCUGCUAACUUCUUGGAUGCUUCUGAACAAGACGGAUUCACUGAGGAUGAAUUGCAGGUGGUUUCUGACACUGAAGACGAUAUGGUCGGGGUCCCCCCACUGCCCCCUCCACCUUCUGACAGAAUGAAAGAAAAUGAAGUGAUAAACUUGUAAUCAUUCAUCUCCAGGAUGGCAACAUCUUGGUAAACAUGACGUCAUCAAGUUGUGAGACCGUAAUUCUCUGGAUACCUUUCCGCAGAGCAACUUAUUAAAAUGUUUGUUCUAAAAAUGACAUUUAGUAAAGAGUGCAAUGUGACUUGGA